AUGCAGCUACCCGAAGGCCAAGCCCUCCGGGUGAAUAAGAAGGAAGGAAUGCUGCACAAAUAUCUUUGGCUUAAGAUGCCAUCAAAUGAGAUGACAUCAUCCAAGGUUCGCAGGGCGCAUCGCAAGACGCGAACCGGAUGCGCUAAUUGCAAGAGGCGCAGGAUCAAGUGCGAUGAACAAAAACCGUCCUGCUCCAAAUGCCUCCAACGUGGCUUCAAAUGCGGAUAUCUAACCCGUCAUCCGGACUACGACUCGCAAUGCUCCAAUGGCCACGGUGGCUCACCCAUGGUGGCAUCAGGGACGACGACAGAUUCACCACAGCCACCAGCAUCCACGCAUGAGCUGCCCAUGAGGGAGUUGCAACUCCUGCAUCAUUUCACCACCUCGACAUACGCCACGCUCUCCCCGCGCGGCCACGUCAAGACCAUCUGGCGCGUCACAGUGCCCAAAUUGGCUUUUUCCAGCGACUGUCUGAUGCGUGCCAUCCUGGCGAUAUCGGCGCUGCAUCUCUCGCGACUCGAAGCCGACCUCGACUAUCAGACGCACGCUAUCGCCUACUACGAUGCCGCCCUCCGCUCCUCCACACUCGCCAUGCUGAACAUCUCCCCCGAAACUUGCUCCGCUCUCUACGUCUGCUCCGAGCUCAUCUUCAUCUUCCACCUCGUUCACCCCUAUCUCUCCGAGAAUCCGCUCCUCUCACCUAGCAACGAAGUCGCCCCCUGGCUCGUUCUCUUGCGCGGGAUCCGUACCAUCGCCGAUCCCUUCCACGACGCCCUUCUCUCGGGCGUCCUGGGACCCAUGUUCGGCACUGAGCCUUCAACCCCAGACACCGUGAUCAUGGACUCGCUAGAUACCUUCACCGCGCAUCUUCACAAGACGCAUCCCGAACCUGACUCCGACAGGGACCUACAAGCGUAUCUUGUCGCUAUCGAGGAGCUACGACGCUGGUCCGCCGGUGUCGACGGUCACGGGUUUCAGUGGGCGGUUUAUGUUGACGAAAGUUAUAUCUCGCUAUUGCGGCAAAUGAAGCCCGCCGCACUAGUUAUCUUUGCGCAUUUCGCGCGCGUUGUCAAGAAGUCCGAUUCGAAUUAUUGGUUGCGCGGGUGGGCCGAUCGCCUGGUGGGGGUGAUCUAUGGGACGUUAGAUGAGGGCUAUCGAUUGUGGAUUCGACCGGUCUUGGAGGAGAUGGGAGUGGCCAGGUAG